UCCCGAGGGAAUGCACAGUUCAAGAUGACGGCAGCACCCAUAAAGAAACUUCAUGAGGCUACCAACCAUCUGGCUCGAUUGAAUACCGCCUCGGCUGCUAAUAGAGAUGUCGGAGUUUCACCAGUAUAUACAUCUGCGUCUACAGUGAGCCAUUCCCUGGCUGGAUCUCACAAUGCAGCCAAUUAUUCCCCCACCACCCCGCCCCAGUGGAGCAAUUCACUUACUACACAUGCUUUAUCUACUACUUCCCCAAUGAUGAAGCAGAAUCCCUCUGGUGUUCAUUUCCAGCAGUUGAUGGACCCGCAGACCAAUUUUCAAACUUUUCCCAUCCAUUUAAACAUCAACAUGACAUCUCUGUAUCCCAACACUCUGCAAAAUCCUAAUGAUAGUGACGCCUCUCAUUUCCAAGAGUUUGUCAUGGUAAAUCCUCAAAUGAUGACAUGUGGAACCAUAAACCCACAGAAUUCAUACCCUGAUGUAUGGUCCACUAAUAACGGCAUGUCUGGUGGUUGGGACAUGGGGUUUGACAAUACCUUGCUGGCUAAUAUUUCGGAUCAAGGACUCGCCGAGUUUUGACGACUCCAUUACAAGUGGCAUUGCACAAUGAUUUGUUACAAAAUUCCCUAUACUUUUGACAUUAGCUAAGCCUAGGAACCAUUUGGUUGUGCGGAAUAUUUCUUUUAUUGAACAGGCAGCACAUAAUAAAUUUGAAAAGAUUACAACUG